CAUUCUCUUCAGAGCAGCAGAACUCAGAGCCAGCGCUGAGGGAUGGAGCACAUGCUCUGCCUGGUCUGUGCUGCCUGCUUCUGAGCUCAAGGCCCUGCCCAGACUCUCACCCACUGCCCGUUUCCCUGGUGUAAAUCCCCAUCAAUGAGGUUCUUUCGCCUCACCUUCAAGUGCUUUGUGGAUUGCUUCUGAGAUUACAUCCUGAUUCCCAUCCAGACCCAGAGCCAGCUUCCCGACCCAGUACCCAUCUCAGUCUUCCAUCGCAGAGCCCUGCCACCAGCCUCGUGUCAUGGCUCCAGUGUCCGCCGAAACAUCUUCAGAGGGCAGUGAGUGCUCAGAGGUAGCCGAGCCAGAAAGUGCUGAGCCAGUCAGUGGCUCAGGGGAGUCCACCCUUGACGAGAGAGCCAUCACUGCCCCUCUGGUGGUACCCAUUGGGCCAGCGAAGCUAUCCUUUCCUGAGCGAGAGACCUGGACGCGCCAGAUGGAUUUCAUCAUGUCAUGUGUUGGUUUUGCUGUAGGGUUGGGCAACGUCUGGCGCUUUCCAUACCUCUGCUACAAAAAUGGAGGAGGUGUCUUUCUGAUUCCUUACCUGCUGAUCGUUUUUGUUGGGGGGAUCCCUGUCUUUUUCCUGGAGGUGGCCCUAGGACAGUUUAUGAAGCAAGGUGGAAUCGCAGCCUGGAAUAUUGCUCCCCUCUUUAAAGGUUUGGGCCUGGCCUCCAUGGUCAUUGUCUUCUUCUGUAACUCUUACUAUAUUAUGAUCCUCGUCUGGGGUGUCUUCUACUUGGCCCACUCACUGACAGAGACGCUACCGUGGGCCACCUGUGGCCACCCGUGGAACUCUCCCCAGUGCACCGAGCUUUUUGGUUUGAGCGACUGCGGCAACAACACCCACAACGGCACCGCCAGAAACUGCAGCAACCUGGCUGACCAACGCUCUCCCGUCAUUGAGUUCUGGGAGAACAAAGUGCUGCAUAUUUCAGGGGAUCUGGCUGAUCCAGGAGAGAUCAGCUGGCAGCUGAUCCUUUGCUUGCUUAUAACUUGGGUCAUUGUUUAUUUCUGCAUCUGGAAGGGGGUCAAGUCAACUGGGAAGGUGGUCUAUUUCACUGCAUUGUUCCCUUAUGUGGUGCUUAUCCUCCUACUCUUGCAUGGAGUGACGUUGCCUGGCGCACUGGAUGGAAUCAUUUACUACCUGAAACCUGACUGGUCCAAGCUUGCUGUGGCUCAGGUAUGGAUUGAUGCUGGUACCCAGAUCUUCUUCUCAUAUGCUAUUGGGCUGGGAGCCCUGACCGCACUUGGCAGCUACAAUCGCUUCCACAACAACUGUUACAGGGAUGCAUAUCUCUUGGCUGUGAUCAACAGUUCCACCAGCUUCUUCGCUGGCUUUGUAGUAUUUUCAGUAUUGGGCUUCAUGGCAUCAGAGCAGGGGGUAGACAUCUCCCAGGUGGCAGAAUCAGGUCCUGGCUUGGCUUUCAUUGCCUAUCCCAAAGCUGUAACACUGAUGCCACUGUCUCCACUCUGGGCUACCCUGUUUUUCUUCAUGCUUCUUGUCUUGGGUCUGGACAGCCAGUUUGUGGGCGUAGAAGGCUUCAUCACCGGUAUCCUAGACCUGUUUCCACAGCCAGCAGCAACCUCACCCCGCAGGGAGAUCACAGCCGCCAUCUGCUGCCUUGUCUGCUGUGUCAUUGAUCUCUCCAUGGUGACUCAGAGCGGGAUGUACGUCUUUCAGCUCUUCGACAACUAUUCUGCAAGUGGAAUCACAUUGCUUUGGCAAGCCUUUUGGGAGUGUGUGGUGGUUGCCUGGGUUUAUGGAGCUGACCGCUUCAUGGAUGACAUCGCCCGGAUGAUUGGCUACCGGCCUCUGCCCUACAUGAAGUGGUGCUGGUUAUUCAUUACUCCUGUGGUGUGUGUGGGCAUCUUCCUGUUCCACGUGGUAAACUAUCAGCCACUGACUUACAACAAGACCUAUGUCUACCCUUGGUGGGGGGAGGCUAUUGGCUGGAUGCUGGCCCUUGCCUCCAUGCUUUGCAUCCCCUGCACUGUCGCUUACAAACUUCUGCGAAGCAAGGGCACCUUCCAACAGCGCUGGCAAUUGCUGACCACCCCUGUCUGGGGCCACCACCACCUGGAAUACAUGACACCCGAAGCAGAGGCAAAGUUGCUGCCACCACCAGACAGUCUUGCUGCUGCCCCGCCAGAGAAGGCUACGCUUUUUGAGACUGUGAUUUAAUGUCUCUUGCCCUCUCCCAGUAGGAAUAACACAAGACCCUUCCCCCCCCCACCCAAGGUCAAGCGGAGAGGGAAGAGGCCAGGGGAGGAUGGGCAUAAUGGGGGAGGGGGAGGGCAGAAAGUCCCUUGCAAAUUAGAAGACCUUUGCCCUGUUUCGCUUUUGGUUGCAUUGUGCUCCCUACAGCUCGUCAGCUCUGCCAUCUUUGGUGAGACUCUUGCGAUUAACGAAAAAGCUAUGAAUUGGAUUUGGUCAAUCUUGACCGGUAGAAGCGCUGAUGCAAGCCAUGAAAAGAACCCACUUAGGGUCCCAAAAUUGUUUGAGGUUUCACUUCAUCCUAUUCUUCCAGUAUUAGCUUUCAAACCUCAGGUGAGGGCCUUCGUUCCUUAUCACAGAAUCAUAGGGUGGGAAGGGAUUCUCUUCCAAAAUCCCGGGGCAGGAAUCUUUAUGCUCUCCCAAGACCAAUAACUGUCCAGUCUUUGCUUGAAAACCUCCAUUAACAGAGCCUUCCAUAACUCCGGAGUUGCUUAGUGCUUCCCACUAUCACAAAAGCUUCAGUGGUUCAAUUUCCCAAUUCACCCAAUGCUUUCCUAGUUUCCUGGACUCAAUUUUUGCAUGGAGGGGGGAAAAACCCAAACCUUCAGCCAGCUGUAGAGCCGAUGUAACCGUAGCUGAUUAACAGGCUAAUCCUGCUCAUUGUGUUGCAAUUCUUUCCCCUAAUUCCCCUUUCUCCAAAAGAAACAGAAAAAGACCAAAUGCUUUCCACUAAUCUGUAGCCUCUUUUUCCUCGUGGAUUAUUUCCCCCGUCUCUCACUCCUAUAUCUCUGGUCCAGUUUCAGUUACACUGAAUGUACCACAUUUUCAUAUUGUUUUCUGGAGUGGGAGAGGGGGAACCCUUCUGCCACUUAGAUCUGUCUGUCUCUGCUGCCUUCAGGGUUUCCCCUCUGCCAUUUGGAAGGGUGGUCUUGAUCAAGGGCGCUGCAAGUGGGCAUCAGGCUUCCUAAUGCCACUUGUAAUAUCUGAAAUCUUCCUCUAAAGAGGAGAAAGAAAUCUAUCUGCAUGGAUAAUAUCUGGGCCCUAAGGAGACUAAAGGGGAUCUGAAAAAAUUCUUAAAUAACUUGAUUGCUGGUUACAUCUCUCCAUUUACAGGAAUUUUAAAAGGAGAAACAGUUGGCAUGCAAAACUCCUUGCUAAAGGAGGCAUCUAUUUCUGUUUGAAUUCCUAUAGUUUUAUCAUCCACCUAGCAGGCAGAAAUUCAACAAGGCAAAUUCUACAUUAAGGCUUAUUUAUGAGAAAUUAUACCAAAAUAACAAGCUGGAAUCUCGUGUCUCCUCGAUGUGAAUGCAUUAUGACCAUGAAAAUCCUUCUAAUGGCAACUAACUAGAAUCCUAAUUGCUCGUAUUGUGAAAAAUUAUCCUUUUUGAAUUUCUGCCUCUAACAAAGACAUUAAAGACUUUUAAGAAACAAAAAAUACAGCAAGCAAGCAAACCUGCUUGGCUAGUCAUCCUUCUCAUACACGAUAGAUAAAGCCAUGCUCUGCAUUACUCCAAUGUAUGUAUUUGUAAUAUAUGAAUGUUUGUGCCAAAUUGGGCUGAGCUCUCAUUUCCUGCCACAUAUCAAGCUGUAACCCACCCCUGCAAUCCUCCUAAGCCUCAUUCUUGGCUCCCUAUUUCUGUUUUCUUUUCUUUUCUUUUCUUUUUUGGCAAUUACAUAUGCAAAGUGAUACUGAUCUGACUUCCAACGAUAAAUACAAGAGAUUUUCUCUACUGCGCUCAUGGCAUCUUUGUUAAACUGGCACUCACCCACCUACCCUUUCUCGCCUGUACUGUCUUUUAUUCAACCAGGUGAACCAACAGCCCUCUUUUGAUCUGCAUCAUUUCUCACAUCUGCAUAUUUCUCCCAGUGUCCUCCUUUUCUUUAUGACACAAAUUACAGGUAGACUUUUUUAAAAAAAAGUUUUUAAUGUGCUCUGUCCUGCAUCCCAUUUUUCAUCAUUCCAUUUUGGCAGAAAAAGAAAAAAGGUAGCCCCAAAGUCACAACAAUUACUGGAGGCAACAAAGAAAAUCUGCAACAAGUUCAUUAUGGUUUUUUGAAAACUGGGUCUGGUCCAUGAAGCACACACAUACCAGGAUCUAUCUUUUUUUUUUUUUUGGAGAUAAGAGGUCAGCCUGUGAAACUGCGCCCCAUCCACCGUGAUGAGCCACGGUGGCACAGUGGUUAGAGUGCAGUACUGCAGGCUACUUCUGCUGACUGCCGGCUGCCUGCAAUUUGGCAGAUCGAAUCUCACCAGGCUCAAAGUUGACUCAGCCUUCCAUCCUUCCCAGGUGGGUAAAAUGGGAGCCAAAUUGUUGGGGGCAAUAGGAUGACUCUGUAAACCACUUAAGAGAGAGCUGUAAAGCACUGUAAAGUGGCAUAUAAGGCUAAGUGCUAUUGCUACAUAUAAGUAAUGUUGAGCAGAGGAGUCUUUAUCAAGGAGUUAGGAGAAAUGCCUUCUCAUCCUUGUCACUUGCCUUGCCUCACUCCCACAUCACUCACAAAGUCUAGCACUGCAGAACAAGAAAGGCAGUAUCUGAGACUUCACUGAUACUGAAGUAAUGGGUGACUCACCCUGCCUGCACCUAGACAGACUGUCAAGGAUCAAAUGUUACUGUGAGCAGGUGAAAGUAAGUGACCUACUUAGAAAUCAGCUUCGGUGCCUAGUUAGAAAGUGAGGAAGAGAAUACUUGGGGCCAACGUCUAGAUGCUUCUAUUGAAUUGUUCCUCUAGUGAAUUUGGGUGGCAUCAAUAAUUCUUAUUUUUUUUUCUACAAGGGCCCUUUGAGGGAGCUGCUGAGUUUAGCUGAGGCUGGAACACGAAUAUAUAUCUGAUUGGGCAAAUCCAACCCGCAGAGCCAGAAAUAUGAAAUUAUGUGGCUAAGCUCAACAGCUCUGAUACAUAAAUAUUACGAUUUAUGUUUUUUGUUCAUUAAGGUUAUAUCCCACCUUUUCCCAAGAUGUAUAUGGUUUAACAUAGCAUGCCCUAUUUUAAUUAUCCUUUCAAGACUUAUGAGAUAGGUUGAGUGAAGGCCCUAAAUCUCCAAGUAAACUGGGGUUAGUCAAGGGGUGACGAAUAUCAACUUUGAAUCUCCAUCCUAUUUCUCUGCACCCUUUUGUUCUCACUUGCUUCACUUAAGUCUCUUCUCCUCCAUAUAUACUCUUAUUUUCUGUUCUGUCCGAUCCUGUUAAAUCAUCCCAUGGGAAUAUCAACCAACAUAGCUUCAGUGUUUUGGAACUCAAAAGGACUGAGCACUGGAUAGAGAUUCUGUCGGCCUUGUUCUUCCCAGAGCUCCCUAUGAAUAGGUAAGGGGAAUAGCCAUUCACUGCCUGUUGGCCUGGAGAUGUCACUUUGGCAGAAUACUGGUCAUCUGUCUAUGUAAAGGGCAGCCAGGCUAAUUCCCAAGCCCUUCUUGGUGUGUUUGUGGGUGUGUGGGUGUGUUUGCAUAUACAACAUUAUGGGUUAAUGGCACAUCUUGACUUUUGAGAGCACGUUUACAGAUAGUCCAAUUGAGCCCAAAAUUUCUGUUGCCGAGACAUUUGUUAAAUGAAUUUUGCUCCAUUUUACGACCUUUCUUGCCACACUUUUUAAGUGAAUCACUGCAGUUGUUAAGUUAAUAAUGUGAUUGUUAAGUGAAUCUGGGCUCGCCCAUUGAUUUUGCUUGUCAGAAGUUCAUAAAAGCUGAUCGCACCA